AAAAGCAGCUUGAGUUUAGCUUAAUAGUGGGCGCCAACUGCUCACAUUUUUUCUCACUCUCUCAAAGUCUCAGACUUCUGCAGUGAACUCUCUCUCUCUCCCUCUUUUUCUCUCUCAGCUUUUCCCUUUCUGCUUUCACAUUGCCUUCAUUUAGCUUAGAGGGUCUCUCUAGGUCUUUGAUUCAUUUGGAGGAAGAAAAAACAAGGGUCUGUACUCACAAAAUCUAGAGCUAUGGCAGCUCCAGCUAAACCAGAAGAGAUAAGCCAUCCACCAAUGGAUCAGCUUCAGGGAUUGGAGUACUGCAUUGACUCAAACCCAUCUUGGGGGGAGGCAAUUGCUUUGGGUUUUCAGCACUACAUUUUGGCCUUGGGAACUGCUGUUAUGAUCCCUUCAUUUCUUGUUCCUUUGAUGGGUGGCACUGAUGGUGACAAAGUGAGAGUGAUACAGACUCUGCUCUUCAUUGAAGGAAUUAAUACACUUCUGCAGACACUGUUUGGAACAAGAUUGCCAACUGUGAUUGGAGGGUCUUAUGCAUUCAUGGUUCCCAUUAUAUCCAUUAUUCAUGAUUCUUCGUUGGAAACUAUUGGCGAUCCUCAUACUAGAUUUAUAAACACCAUGAGAGCAGUCCAAGGUGCCCUCAUAGUAUCGUCAAGCAUACAGAUUAUUCUGGGAUACAGUCAAAUUUGGGCCAUCUGUUCCAGGUUCUUCAGCCCACUUGGAAUGGUUCCUGUUAUUGCAUUGGUGGGUUUCGGCAUGUUUGAUAGAGGCUUCCCAGUGGUUGGGAGAUGUGUUGAAAUUGGCAUUCCAAUGCUAAUCCUAUUUGUAGCUUUCUCUCAGUACUUAAAGAACUUCCAUGCAAGACAGAUACCAGUACUAGAGCGAUUUGCGCUUAUUAUAUCAAUCACAGUAAUAUGGGCAUAUGCACACCUCUUGACAGCCAGUGGUGCAUACAGACACCGCCCAGAAGCUACCCAAUUAAGUUGCCGAACUGACAGGGCCAACCUCAUUUCCUCUGCUCCAUGGAUAAAAAUACCAUAUCCUCUUCAGUGGGGUGCCCCUACCUUUAGCGCUGGUCACUCUUUUGGUAUGAUGGCAGCUGUUCUAGUUUCGUUGAUUGAGUCAACUGGAGCAUACAAGGCUGCAUCACGUCUUGCAAGUGCUACACCACCUCCAGCUCAUGUUCUUAGCCGUGGUAUCGGAUGGCAGGGGAUAGGAAUCCUUCUUAAUGGACUAUUUGGAACAUUGACAGGCUCGACAGUCUCUGUAGAAAAUGUGGGGCUUCUUGGUAGCACUCGUGUUGGAAGCCGUAGGGUUAUUCAAAUCUCGGCUGGUUUUAUGAUAUUCUUCUCCAUGUUGGGAAAAUUUGGAGCUUUAUUUGCAUCAAUACCCUUCCCCAUAUUUGCUGCUGCAUAUUGCGUAUUGUUUGGUUUUGUUGCUUCGGUGGGGCUAUCCUUCUUGCAAUUCACAAACAUGAACUCGAUGAGAAACCUUUUUAUCGUUGGCGUAUCUUUGUUUUUGGGUUUGUCUGUGCCUGAGUAUUUCAGGGAAUACAGUAUAAUGGCUCAUCAUGCUCCAGCUCAUACAAAAGCUGGAUGGUUCAAUGAUUAUCUUAAUACCAUCUUCUCAUCAUCUCCAACUGUGGCCUUGCUUGUCGCCGUUUUCUUAGAUAACACACUUGAAUACAAGGAAAGUGCAAGAGACAGAGGAAUGCCAUGGUGGGCCAAAUUUCGGGCAUUCAAAGGGGACAGCCGAAAUGAAGAGUUUUACACUCUCCCCUUCAACCUUAAUCGAUUCUUCCCUCCAUCUUAAAGUGAUAGCAUGCAUUGGUUGGAUUACCAGAAAAGAUGUUUAGAGGAAAAACAUCAUUUCCAGAUAGGGAUUAGAUUUAUCAGGAACAAGUGAAGCAAAGUGAAACAAUGAUUAUAUGUCAGUACUGCAGGCAGGGAAAUGAAAACAUAACGCUUCUGCUUCACUGUGUUUUAUUAUAUCUAUUAGUAAUUUAGUAUAUCUUGACUAGGAUUAUUCGGGUUUAAUCCAAUAAAUUUAAUUGAUUUUUCCCAUC